GGGGUGGAGGUCACACACAGUGCCCGGGACAAUGCCAGCACCGCAGGGGCAGUCACAGCUCUGACUGUGCCGUACACCCCUGAAUCACCUACUGCACAGAAGGAACAGCUCUCUGAAGGAAAACAACACCUUGUGCACACCAGGAGUGAGCUGUGAGCUCGCUGGAAGGAAGCUGGAUAAACCCUGGCUUGGACAAAAUGAGCUGAGACGUCGAUGUACAAGUUCUUCUUGGUGGCAGUAAAUGCUCCCUGCAGCAGUAUUUGAACACUGAGUCAAUGGAAUGUGGCUCCUUCACUGCCUGGUACUCCCUGGGGACAGGGACAGAGCAGUCCCCAAGGCCCGGGUCUGCAGAGUUUGAGUUUCUUUCUGUAUCUCCUGAGCCUCAUGGGUCCGGAGAGCGUGGAAAGGGAGGGGGCAAGGAAUGGCCUGUGCAUUUCAGAUCUGUAUCCAAACAAGUUUGUGUCUUAGACGCCAGCCCAACCCCAGAGUGAUCAAUGGGACAGGGGCACAGUGACGCUCCCCAUGUCACUUUGGGAAAACAUAGUUGGCAUUUGCUGAGGUGAGUGUGGAGAAUCAAUGUGCAGCACGACAGUCCCACGGGCUCCAAGGUCAAACGUUACCUCAUCCCCUGAUGCCUGGCUCACUUCCCAGUACUGCACAGACCAACCAUCUGGAAUUUCAGGUUUGGGACAGGGGGAGUUCAACUGGGCAGUUCCCAGCAGACAGAGCUCUUUCUCUGGGUCCUGCUGGUCUCUGCUGUCAUGUGGAAGCUGUAGCAGAGCUGUGCUGGGUCCUUAUGUCAGCUGGAGCUGCCACAGUUCCCAGCAGAGCCAGUGCAGGCUCGGUGGGUUCAGUGCUUCCUUCCAGAGUGCCCUAAUAAAGUGUCUGGAUGUGCAACAGAGACUGCUCCAGUGCUGGGCUGCAGAGAGAACCCGAAUUCUCCCUCUCCCACUGCCUUGGGUCUGCUCCACUCUCCACCCACUGCAGGUGCGAAGGCUCGUUCCAAAGUUCAGGUUCUGCGUUUUCGUGCCUUGCCAGGAAGAUAAAAGGGUUGGUAAAACUGUAACUUGACCUUAGCAUUUCGCAGCAGCCACGGAGAUAAGCUGCUGAAGGAAAUACAGAGAGCAAAACACGGAUGGCUCUGGGGAAGGGAACCCCACAAAGCAAGAGCUCCGUGUGAGGAUCCCCGAGCAGGACUCGGGGGAGCUUGGCUGGCAGGUGGGAAUGGGAAUGGCUCUGCACUGCUGACCAGCAUCACAGCUCUGCCACACAAAGGAUCCCUGUGCUGCUGCUGCUGCAGAUUUGAGAAGGAGAAGAUUGACUGAAGCUGCCUGUUAUUAUUUUUGGCUACUCCAGCAAUGUAUCAAAAACCUGACGCUGGGUUGAAUCUGGUGCCCUACUUUAUAGAAGCCCUGAAAAGCAGAUCAAGGACAGCGAGCUUGUCUCUCUGCAUGGCAUCUGCCAGCAAAGGAUCCCAUCUAAUGCCGAGGCUGAAAGAAUCGCGCUCCCACGAGUCCCUGCUCAGUCCCAGUAGUGCUGUUGAGGCUCUGGAUCUCAGCAUGGAGGAGGAAGUGGUCAUCAAGCCAGUCCACAGUAGCAUCCUGGGACAAGACUACUGCUUUGAGGUGACGACUUCAUCAGGAAGUAAAUGCUUCUCGUGUCGCUCGGCAGCAGAGCGAGAUAAAUGGAUGGAGAACCUGCGGCGUGCCGUGCACCCCAACAAGGACAACAGCAGAAGGGUAGAGAAUAUGUUAAAGUUAUGGAUUAUUGAAGCCAAGGACCUGCCAGCUAAGAAAAAGUACUUGUGUGAAUUAUGCCUGGAUGACGUUCUUUAUGCACGAACUACCUGUAAAUUGAAAACUGAUAAUGUCUUUUGGGGGGAGCACUUUGAAUUUAAUAACCUCCCAUCACUCAAAAACAUUACUGUGCACUUAUACAAAGAGACUGACAAAAAGAAGAAGAAGGACAAGACCAACUUCAUAGGGCAGGUGAACAUCCCCGUGAGCUCGGUGACGGGCCGGCAGUUUGUGGAGAAGUGGUACCCGGUGGUGAGCCCCAACCCGGGCAAGGGCAAAUCCCCAGGGCCCAUGAUCCGCAUCAAAUCCCGCUACCAGAGCAUGAGCAUCCUCCCCAUGGAGAUGUACAAGGAGUUUGCCGAGUACAUCACCAACAACUACAUGGUGCUGUGCUCGGUGCUGGAGCCCUCGCUGAGCGUGAAGAACAAGGAGGAGAUGGCGUCAGCGCUGGUGCACAUCCUGCAGAGCACGGGCAAGGCCAAGGAUUUCUUGACUGACCUGAUGAUGUCUGAAGUUGAUCGCUGUGGUGAGAAUGAGCAUCUCAUUUUCAGGGAGAACACACUGGCCACCAAAGCAAUUGAAGAAUACCUGAAGCUGGUGGGGCAGAAAUACUUACAAGAUGCCUUAGGGGAGUUCAUCAAGGCACUGUAUGAAUCAGAUGAAAAUUGUGAGGUGGAUCCCAGCAAAUGUUCAUCUUCAGACCUCCCCGAACAUCAGGGCAACCUGAAGAUGUGCUGUGAGCUGGCCUUCUGCAAGAUCAUCAACUCCUACUGUGUCUUCCCAAGGGAGCUCAAAGAAGUUUUUGCCUCGUGGAGACAAGAGUGCAGCAACCGCGGCCGGCCCGACAUCAGCGAGCGCCUGAUCAGCGCCUCGCUGUUCCUGCGCUUCCUGUGCCCGGCCAUCAUGUCCCCGUCCCUGUUCAGCCUGCUCCAGGAGUACCCCGACGACCGCACGGCACGCACUUUGACCCUCAUCGCCAAGGUCACCCAGAACCUCGCCAACUUCGCCAAGUUUGGCAGCAAAGAGGAAUACAUGUCCUUUAUGAAUCAGUUCCUGGAACACGAAUGGACUAACAUGCAGAGAUUUCUCCUGGAGAUUUCUAAUCCUGAAACCAUCUCAAACACAGCUGGCUUUGAGGGCUACAUAGACCUGGGCCGGGAACUGUCCACAUUGCACUCACUACUCUGGGAAGUCAUUUCCCAACUGGACCAGGGCACCGCCACCAAACUGGGGCCUCUGCCCCGGAUCCUGCGGGACGUGAACGCCGCUCUCAGUAACCCCGCCUGCGUGCAGGUGUCGGUCACUGCCGACCACGCCGCCUCCACGCCCAGUGCUGGCAACAGCAUCUCUGCAGGGCUGCAGAAAAUGGUCAUAGAGAAUGACUUAUCUGGUCUGAUAGAUUUCACACGGUUACCAUCUCCAACCCCUGAAAACAAGGACUUGUUUUUUGUCACAAGGUCUGCUGGGGCCCAGCCCUCGCCUGCCCGAAGCUCCAGUUACUCAGAGGCCAAUGAGCCCGACGUGCAGAUGUCUAAUGGCAGCAAGAGUUUGUCCAUGGUGGACUUGCAGGACAAUCGGCUCUUGGACAGUGGGGCCAACGUGCCCGGCACGGCCGACUCCCUCAAUGACAGUCAGUCGUCCCUGGGGCAGUUGCAGGGCGUGUGGAGCACACGGACUCAGCAGAACAGCGUGACGGGCAUGGCCACCGUGCGCCGGGUGGGCCAGACCCCCACCACGCCGAGCGGCGAGAGCGCGCCCGGCCGGCCGCAGCUGCUGGCGCCGCUGUCCUUCCAGAACCCCGUGUACCAGAUGGCCGCCGGGCUGCCGCUGUCCCCCCGCGGCCUGGGCGACUCCGGCUCCGAGUGCCACAGCUCGCUCAGCUCCCACAGCAACAGCGAGGAGCUGACGGCCAACAAGCACGGCUUCGCCGGCCCCGCCGCCGCCGAGGACUUCUCGCGGCGGCCGGGGGAGCUGGCCCGGCGGCAGCUGUCGCUGACCGAGAAGGGCGGCCAGCCCACCAUGCCGCGGCAGAACAGCGCGGGGCCGCAGCGCCGCAUCGACCAGCCGCCCCCGCCGCCCCCGCCCGUCAGCCGCGGCCGCACGCCGCCCUCCCUGCUCAACACCGUGCAGUACCAGCGACCCUCCAGCGGCAGCAUGAUGUCCUCAUCGCCCGACUGGCCCGGCAGCGGAGCGCGCCUCCGGCAGCAGUCCUCCUCCUCCAAGGGUGACAGCCCCGAGAUGAAGCAGCGCACGAUGCACAAACAGGCCCCUUCUCCUGUGAACCCCAAUGCCCUGGACCGCACUGCUGCUUGGCUUUUGAAUAUGAACAUGCAGUUUUUAGAAGAUGAAAGCAUUGACCCAGAUUCCAAGCACAGGGAUAAGCUCAGGAAUAAGGACGAGCUCAGCCAAGCAGAAAAGUACCAGCAGGACCUGGUGGUGCUGCAGGACAAGCUCCGCAUCUCCAACAAGAAGCUGGAGGAAUAUGAGACUCGCUUCAAAUGCCAGGAGGAGACCACGCAGAAGCUGGUGCUGGAGUACCAGGCCAGGCUGGAGGAGAGCGAGGAGAGGCUCCGGAGGCAGCAGGAGGAUAAGGAGAUCCAGAUGAAGGGCAUCAUCAGCAGACUGAUGUCAGUUGAGGAGGAGUUAAAGAAGGACCACGCUGAAAUGCAGGCUGCUGUGGAUUCCAAGCAGAAGAUCAUUGAUGCACAGGAGAAACGCAUUGCUUCCCUGGAUGCUGCCAACGCACGGCUAAUGAGUGCCCUUACUCAGCUGAAAGAGAGGUACAGCAUGCAGACACGUAAUGGGAUCUCCCCCACAAACCCAACUAAAUUGCAGAUUACAGAGAAUGGAGAAUUCAGAAACAGCAGUAAUUGUUAACGCGCGGAGGGCGCUGCCGCAGGAGAGGCCUGGCCGGAGGGACCGAGCACAGCAGGCGGGAGCCGCGGCUUCAGAGAACGGCUGCUCCCCGAGCACCAGCUCCUUACUGCGGACGGCGCCGACUGACCCUGCUGGGACAUGUCCUGCCAGCACAUUGAGGGACGGGAAUGUCGAGUGUGAGAUGAGUGGCAUAAGGAAAUAACAUAUAUUUGAGAAUCGCUGUCA